AUGUUUUUGUAUAUGCCUUCCAUAUUAUUAUUGAUAUAUGUUACAAUAAUAGCACAAAUAAAUUUAAUAUGCUCUUAUAAAUUAAAACAAAGCAAGUCGAAUAUUCUUUUUUUAAAAAAUUAUGGACAAACAGAACAAGAUGGAAACAUCUUCCAGGACAAGAACUUCCGAAGGAUUAUUCUGUUAAGAAGAUGUAACAGUAACUUGAACUAUGCAAAUGGAAUGACAAAAGAAGCUACAGGUUUAUACAAAUUAUGUCAUUUAAAACAGAAUUUGAAACAUACUUUUAUUUCCGAUGUUUCAACACAAGGGGAAUUCUGUUGGAAAGCGGUAAACCAGGAAAAAAAAAAAGAAAAGAAAAAGAACGAAAAAAAUGAAAAAAGAAUACCAUUAUUUCUUUAUCCUUUUAACUUCUUCCAAAAGGGAGAUAACAUUCUAAAGAGACGGUGUACUUACAUAAGGAGUAACAAAAUAUUCGCACGUCAACAUAGAGAAUCUGUAAUAAAAUGUUUAGAAGACUUUAGGAAAGAACAUAAGUCAGGAGGCAAAGCUAUUAGCGAACAUGAACAUAACCAACAAAAUACAAAAGAUGAAUAUGUCGAAGUAUUACACAGUUGUGAAUCAAUCAAGGAGAGAAAUAACAUAAAAAUACAGGAUUAUGAAGGAUUAAACAAAUGGAAACAUAGAAAGAAUUAUAGUUUUAAGAAGGUUAUUGCAGAGGGGAACAAGCAAUAUUUGAAUGCAUCGGACCACUUGAAAGAUCAAAUACAGGUUCAUGAUGGUAAUGUAUAUACGCCCAUACCGAACAUAUCGAAAAUGCUGGAUAUGUCGCAAACACCGCGCACAGGAAGUAGCAGUGAGGGAAGCAACAAGAAAAAAAAAAGUGAAGAGGAUCCCACCCUUGAUGGAAGUGGCAUAAGAGGGGAUAGGGGUAAUAUCAAUUAUAAGGACAGCUUCUCUAGUGGCAAUAUCAAUAACAUGCAUAAUGAUGACAACGUAAAAGACAAAUAUUCUGGUACAAAUACAACUAAUAGAAGCAAAUACACAGCAAGGAAAAUUCCUUCAAACUUUGAUGGAUAUGGUAAUGGUAGUUCUUUAAACGAAAAAAAUAUUGGGAAAACGUUUGAAGGACGUGUACAUUCCGUUAGUAGAAAUGUUAUAUGUGUUCAGAUAGCAAAUAUUAAUGCAUAUGGUUUAUUAUUUAUCAACAAAGCAAAUCUAGGUAAUGACGUAGAUGAUAUGAAUAGCUAUUUUAAGCUAAACCAAAAAGUCUUUGUUAAAAUUUUAGGUAUAAAUUUUAAAAAAUAUAUGUAUUAUCUAGCCAAUGUAAUAAAAUUUAAUGAAGAUAUUAAGUUGGCAAAAUGGGACUGCUCCAAGGGAAUGAUUACAAAAAUAUGUGAAGCAUACUGUUUUGUUAAGGUUCUUAAAAAUGGAAGUACAGGUUACUUGCACAAGUCAAAGUUAUUCUUACAAAGAAAAGAUAGUAAAGGCGAUUAUGGAAACAUUAGUUUGGAAUGCACUUCUAACAAUGUGGAGUUGAGAAAAAACUGUGCACAUAAUGAGUGGGAAGAGCGACAUAUAGCUCCUUUUAUAGACUUCACAAAGAUAUUCAAAAUAUGGGACAUAAUAGAUGUACAGAUUUUAGGAGAAUCAGAUGGUGCUUAUAAAUCUAAUUAUGUUUUAUCGAUUCCUGUAGAAUCAAAUACAUUUGAAAAGGUAGUGAAUUAUAUAAAAACAUUAGACAAGGACAAACCGAAGGUUACUAGUUCCUUUGGUACAAGUAGUAUAGAUGGUAGUGACAUAUAUACGGUAGAUGAGUAUACAAAUAGCCAGAGCUUAUUUAGUUCUAAUCGAAAUCCCAUUUAUGGCGAUAGUAAAGAAAAGAACAAUGCUAACAUUAACGGUGUUAGUAGGCACAUCGCAGAUAGGUACAUUACUAACCAUACUAAUAUUAGGGUAAGUUACAAAAAAGAGAAUAAGAGGGCAAAUAACAGCCAGUACAAUUACCCAAAAAAAAGCAAAGAAUCGUCCUCUUAUUGUAAUAAUGUAUUAAACAAAAUUACAAAACCGUGUGAUCUUACCGAAAAUAUAAAACUCUCCAUGUUUUCCAAAAUUACGAAAAUUUCAACAUCUUCACUCAAGCGAUUUUUUAUAAUAAAUGAAAGCAGAGAACUCAAUCCCAGUUAUGUACUAAAUUAUGAACAAAUAAAAAAAGCUUGUGAACAUUUUAAUAUUAAUUAUAAUAUAAUUCCUCAGACGACUUCUACUGAACUAAGUGUUCGUAAUUGUUCUAACAUAAACACGGAUGAGGUUAACGCAACGUGUGUUGAUAAGCUGGAGCAAGAAGUGAAUCACAAAGUACUCAUUUCCCAAGGGGAAGUGGACAGGAAUAUUCAUAAGCAAGGUAAAGAAACCAAUGACGGAGAGGUGGAAGUCGUGAGGGAGCGAAAUACACCCUUUGUUGAGGAACAGAUACAUGAAAAUGGCACGGGUGAGGUAGAAGCUUCACUUGUAGGAGAAGCAGCAACGAAGGCAAAAAAAAAAAAAAAAGGAAAAACAGCGAACCUCCUACCGGUCAGCGGGGGUAAUUGGAAGGCAGAGAUGGAGAAGCAGAAUUUGGAAGGAACAAAACGAAAUAUAGUAAUUACAUUUAUUGGACACAUUAACCAUGGGAAAACGUCUUUAUUUGAUUACAUAUGUAAAACAAAUGAAAGAAACAAAGAAUUUGGUUUAAUAACGCAGAACAUAAGAGCAUUUAAAGCUAAGGUAAAAGAAGGGUACAGCUUUACUCUUAUUGAUACUCCAGGUCAUGAAGCAUUUAUGUCUAUUCGAAGUAGAGGUGUUAAGGUAUCAGAUUUAAGCGUUUUAGUUAUAUCAGGUGAAGAGGGUAUACAAGAACAAACGGUUGAGUGCAUAAAAUUAAUAAAAGAAUAUAAUAUAAAAAUUAUUAUUGCAAUUACAAAAGUGGACUUAGCAAAUGCAUCAGUGGAAAGAAUUGUGAACGAUUUGAUGUAUUACGAUAUAUAUACAGAACUGAAUGGAGGAGAAAUUCAACUAAUUCAAUGUUCCAUAUAUAAUGACGAAUCUAUAAAUAAAUUAUUGGAUUCUAUUUAUUUAGAAUCUGAAUUUAUGGACUUAGAUGUGAACAAUAAGGAACAAACAGAGGGAAUCAUUUUAGAUUCAUAUAUGGAUAAAAAUGGUAUAGUGUCUAUUAACUUAUUACAAAAAGGCAUAUUGAAAAUAAAUGAUUACUUUUAUACUGGGUCCUCAUAUGGUAAGGUUAAAAUAUUAAAAGAUCAUUUAAAUAAAAAUAUUAAAUAUGCAUAUCCCUCUGAUCCAAUUAAGGUAAUGGGGUAUAAGAAAAAUUCUAUUCCAGUAGCAGGGGACAAGUUCUAUGUAGUAAAAAAUGAAUCCAUAGCUCAAUCCAUUGCAGAGCAUAAUAAAAACGAAAUAUUAACCUCAUAUAUGUACAAUUCGAAUGAUGAAACAACGGACGUCUUUGACAAGUACAAAAAAUUUAUUAUUUCGAACGAAAAUGAACAGGAAAAAAAUGCCAACACGUUUGUAGAUGGUGAUGAUGAGGAGGAGGACGACGACGAUGAUGAGGUGGACGAUGAAGAACCGAACACUACAUCGAGCAAGAGAGAUUCUACAAAUCGUGAAGGAGGAAGGAGAACCAAAAAUGUAGACAGGCCUUCGGACAUACAUGGGGUAAACGACACAAAUGAGGACAAGGAAAUCUCAUCGACGGAAAGGAGUACCAUGAACAAACAGACGAGGGGAAUAACUCCAUCGUUGUCUAACUCAGCGGAUGGUCCACAUUCUGAUUGUACGAACGAAACAGAGGAUAAUUCAGACAAUAUAGAUGAAAAAGGUUUGAAGACAAUUUACGUAAAAUAUUUUAUUAAAUGUGAUAAACAAGGAACUAUUGAUGUUUUAAAAAAUUCUCUUACCAAAUUAGAAAGAGAAGAUACCAUUUUUAAGGUAAAGAAUAAAGUUAUAUAUGCAAAUAUUGGAGAUAUUACAUCAAGCGAUAUUGUGUAUGCUUUAAGUUUUAAUGCUGUUAUCAUAGGCUUUAAUGUAAAACUUGAAAAAAAUUUUAAAAAAAAUUCCAAAAAUGCAAAAAAUUCGAAUUACCGCAUUAUUUUUUCAAACGUUCUUUACGAAUUAGUUGAAAAAGUAAAAGAAGAAAUGGGAAACAAAUUAAGUACAAAGCCGAGUGGACAAUUUAAAGGACGAGCUAAAAUUUUAAAAGUUUUUAAUAUAUCAAAAUUAGGUAAAGUGGCUGGUUGUAUUGUCACAUGUGGUACUAUUAGCAAUAACAGUAAUGUGAGAAUACUCAGAGGUGACAAGGUUAUAUAUGUUGGUAAAAUCGUUUCUCUUAAAAUUGUUAAAGAGGAAAAAACUCAAGUUACAGAAGGGGAGGAAUGCGGAAUGGGCUUUAACAACUUUGUGGACUUUGAUCCUUACGAUGUGAUUGAAUCCUACGAAGAGUAA